AUGAAAGAAGCAGCGAACCUAGAAUUGUAUUUUGAGAAUCUGAUGGUUGAGAAUAUUGGGAGUAAGAGUGGUGGUGAAAUGGGUGGAGGGGUGAUUAUAAGUGAGUGGAAAGACAUACCUGUGGAGCUUUUGCUGAGGAUUUUGUCUCUAUUGGAUGAUCAGACGGUGAUUGUAGCAUCAGGGGUUUGUCAUGGAUGGAGAGAUGCAAUUUCUUGGGGCAUCACCCGUCUUUCCCUUUCUUGGUGCAAGAAGAACAUGAAUGAGCUGGUUCUAUCAAUUGUUCCAAAAUUGCCAAAACUGCAGGUUUUAAUUCUCCGACAAGAUACACCACAGCUUCAGGAUGACGCUGUUGAAACAAUUGCUAGUUACUGCCAUGACCUUCAGGAGCUGGAUCUCAGCAAAAGUUUUAGGCUUACUGAUCGUUCCUUGUAUGCGAUAGCACGUGGUUGCCCAAAUCUUAUCAAGCUGAAUAUCAGUGGUUGUCCGGCCUUCAGUGAUACUGCUCUUGCAUGCCUAUCCAGUUUUUGCAGAAAAUUGAAAAUCUUAAAUCUGUGUGGAUGCGUUAAGACUGCAUCGGAUAGGGCAUUGAAGGCCAUUGGAUACAAUUGCCAUCAAUUGCAGUCUUUGAACCUUGGAUGGUGUGACCGUGUUGGUGAUGAAGGGGUCAAGAGUUUAGCAUACGGUUGCCCUGAUCUCAGAGCUCUUGAUUUGUGCGGCUGUGUUCUUAUAACAGAUGAGAGUGUAAUUGCGUUGGCAAACCAUUGCCUUCAUCUAAGAUCCCUUGGCUUAUACUACUGCCAGAAUAUCACGGAUAGAGCAAUGUAUUCCCUGGCACAGAGUCGAGUGAAGAACAAGCACGAGGUGUGGGAGUCUGUGAAGAAGGGAUACAAGGAGGAAGGGCUUACAAAUCUGAACAUCAGUCAGUGCACAGCAUUGACACCUCCGGCAGUUCAGCUAUUAUGCGAUUCGUUUCCUGCCCUUCAUACAUGCUCUGGUCGACAUUCACUGAUUACAAGUGGCUGCCUGAAUUUAACGUCUGUGCAUUGUGCAUGCGCUGUCCAAGCACACCGUGCAGCCAGUUCAUUACCUUUAGCUCAUUGA